AUGACUCCGCCACAAAGGAUCCUCUUUCCCCCGGAGAAGAUUUGCAUGGUCUGGCAGCAAAGACAGAGUGCUGGAGCAGGACUCUGCAAUGCGGGCAACACGUGCUUCCUCAAUGCUGUCCUGCAAUGCCUGACAUACACCCCGCCGCUGGCUAACUAUCUGCUCUCCCGGGAGCACAGCCGGGCCUGUCGCCAACAAGGCUUCUGCAUGAUGUGCAUCAUGGAAGCCCACGUUAACAAGGUCCUGCAUUCCUCAGCCAGUGUCAUCCUGCCUUUGCCUGUUCUCAGGGGUCUCAGAUUCAUAGGAGAACAUUUUCAGCUUGGCAGGGAGGGAGAUGCCCAUGACUUCUUAUGCUGUACUGUCAAUGCCAUGCAGAGAGCUUGUCUGAGUGCAAGCAACGACUUGGACAUAUCUUCUCAAUCUACUACCAUUGUCCAUCAAAUAUUUGGAGGCUUUCUGAGAUCCAGAGUCACCUGCUUCAGCUGCAAAGCCGUUUCUGAUUCCUAUGAGGCCUUCCUGGAUGUCCCUUUGGAUAUCAAAGCAGCCUCAUCCCUCACUGCAGCUCUGGAGGACUUUGUAACACCUGAGCACCUGGAUGGUGAAAACUGCUUUAAAUGCAGCAAGUGUGAGAAGAAUGUUGCCGCCGCCAAGAGGUUCACUGUCCACUGUGCACCCAAGGUUCUCACAGUGCGUCUGAAAAGGUUUGACUGCUUCACCGGUAGAAGGAUCAGCAAG